AUGAAAGAAAUUAGAAUUACAUUUUCUAAUCUUAAGUUAGUAGAUAAGAUAUAGCACUAUGUACCUGAUAUUGAAGGAGGUUACUUUUUAGAAAUAUAUUAUGGGUCUAAGAGAGUAACUUCUAAGCCUUUCAGAGUAUCAAAUUAAAAAAAAGAAGCACCAAUUACAAACAACUUAUUUAUCUUUAAUAUUUGUGGAAACAGUUUAGAUUUUAUUUUGAAAUCCUACCAAUCCUAUGAUUUUGUGGCAUCAGGACAAUUAAAAUUGGAUGAAGUAAAAGACUAAGAAGUAGUAACAAUAGAUCUUUUGGUCGAAAGAGUUGUUUUUACUCGCUUAAGCUUUGGCAUUAAUGUAAUUGAAAAUAUUAUUGAGAAAGAAGUUAUAGUAGAAAAGGAUGAAGACUGCUUUAAACCUCCAGAGCCAGAAAUAGAUUUAGAAGAAGUUAGAAGAAAAGAAGAAGAAGAGAGAUAGAAAUUAUUAGAAGAACAAGAAGCACUCAGAAGGGCAGAAUUAAAUAAAAACGCAAUUACAUAUACAAAUAUAUAAGUUAAAGAUGCUCCUUAUUAUUGA